CUUAUAAAUGUCUCGAGUCUAUUACACAUCUACUCUCACUUCUUCUCAUAUAUGUUAUUAACAUUAAUAAAAACGUUGUUACAAAGUUAGUUGUACCAAAAAACUAUAAUGGUUGUGAAACUAUACGGGCAGGUAACUGCAGCUUGUCCACAAAGAGUCUUGCUUUGUUUUUUGGAGAAAGAAAUUGAGUUUGAGAUUGUUCAUGUCGACCUUGAUACAUUAGAGCAGAAGAAACCAGAACAUCUUCUUCGUCAGCCAUUUGGUCAAGUCCCAGCCAUAGAAGAUGGAGAUUUCAAGCUAUUCGAAUCUAGAGCCAUUGCGAGAUACUAUGCGACCAAAUACUCCAACCAAGGCACGAACCUUUUGGGCAAGUCACUAGAGCACCGAGCCAUCGUGGACCAGUGGGCCGACGUGGAGACCCAUUACUUUAACGUUCUGGCGUUCCCCAUUGUGCUUAACCUAGUCAUCAAGCCCAGGUUAGGCGAAGAAUGUGACGCCGUUUUGGUCGAGGAGCUCAAGGCGAAGCUAGGGGUGGUCUUGGACAUAUACGAGAAUCGGCUUGCGUCGAACCGGUUUUUGGCUGGUGAUGAAUUCACUAUGGCUGAUUUGACGCACAUGCCAGCGAUGGGAUACUUGAUGCGUACCGAUGUAAACCAGAUGGUUAAGGCUCGAGUGAAUAUGAACCGAUGGUGGGAAGAGCUUACCGCUAGACCGGCUUGGAAGAAGCUUAUGAAGAUGGCUGGUUUUGAAGCUUGAGUUUAUAACAAUCCAAACCAACUACGCGUUUCAUACUUUCUGUUUAAUCUGUCUGUCUGAGUUUUGUACAUUACAAUAAUUAAAUCAAUUUGCUUUUGAAGA